GGACACGUCCAAACAGAGAACUCUGGGAUAGGCUCCGCCUCCAGUGAGCGAACUCUCUCACUGCGCAUCACUUCCAGUAACUGUGGGGGGAUUUAAGGACAACUCCUGGACGCUAAUUCCUGACACUCAAGGAGCCGCUUGUCAUAAUAUCAACACAAGACACAAGACCAGAGAAGACGGGGCCCUGCCACGAUGCCUUUAUCCAUGACAAAGGGUGAUGGCUUCACAGUCUACACUGUGACCUCUGACCCCGGAAGCAAACUGCCCCUGCUGUGCCAGGUUUUCACCUCCUUGUGCUGCAGUCCUGUGUGCAUGGUGUCCGGAAGGCUCCGGAAGCUCAUGGCUGGUCCCCAGUCAGCAUUAGCAACGGUGCAGAUCAUGGCGGGGCUGCUUACCCUCGGCCUGGGAGCGGUUCUUCUGAGCGUGUACAAUGGCCCGUAUUACAUACGCCAUGUUUGUCCUCCGUACUGGUCGGGUGGAAUUUUCAUUGUCUCUGGAAUAUUUUGCCUUUUUGCUGAAAGGUUUUCCAGCCCUUGUUUGGUGUGCACGACGGUGGCGGUGAAUCUGGUCAGUGCGGUGAUCGCAGUGGCUGCCAUCGUGUUGUACUCCGUCGAUGACGGGCCGAGGCUAGCGGAUGUGUGCUUGACCUUUGACCCCACUGUGAGGUCUCACUAUGACCGUCCCUACGACGUCACGAGGUCGCCCGAACAAAGGAACAUCAGCGAGAGCAACUUCCGGCUUUGCCAGAUGUACAGGAGUGCCACGGUGCCUGUAGUGUUCGGCGUGAAGGUGCUGCUGGUGGCCUUUGCUGCUCUCCAGUUUUGCAUCAACAUCAGUGAGGCGGUUCUGGCCAUAAAGGCAAUGAAGAAGAACAAGCGGGAGGUUCCUGCCGAGGUCCUCCCUGACGGCUGAAGGCAUCCUCUACGGUCCGCCCGGGGGAAGCAAGUCCGAUGAGCUCCAGUGUCAGUGGAUGAUCAUUCACAUCACCGAGCAGGUCCUGCGGGAGACGAGGAACAUCAAUGUCUACCAAAAAACAACCGUAGACCUGGUCAUUCUCCAGAGGAGGACUGUUGUUGGACUGUUGUUGGACUUCCAUAAAAAUAAGACCCUGGCUAGAAAGAAAUGGGGGGGUGGAUCACCCCCACUGCCCUAGAGGGGCAUUUGGUCCUCAGGACCUGCUCUAAACCUGAGCAAAAUGGACCUUCUUUUUCUUUACAUUUGUGCCCUUUGUGAAUUCUAAAUCCACUUUCCCCUUUGGUUUGUAGUCUUUAUUGAUUUUGUUAUGUUUUGUCAAUUUUUAAUGUUUUAUUAAUUGUAAUGAUUUUAUGGGGACUUCUGCACAGUACUGUGCAGAAGUCUUAGGCACCCUACACUUUAUUAUAUAUGUGUAAAAGCUUUUGUGUAAAUAUUCAUUUUCAAAAAGAUUAAAUUUUACAGACAUUUUUGUAUUUAA